AUGGUUACUUAUACCAGUAUAGGACAAGUUGACCCGGCAUAUUGGCUGUUUAUUGAAAAUAGCCAGAAUUGCUAUAAACCUGGUGCAAACAUUACGAUAGACGAGCAACUUUCCCCAAUCAAAGCCAGAUGCAGGUUUACACAAUAUUUACCGAAUAAGCCCGACAAAUUCGGAAUUAAAUUUUGGCUGGCACCUGAUGUUCAAACAAAAUAUAUUCUAAAUGGGUUUCCUUGUUUAGAAAAGAAUGAAAACCGAGCACCAUCGCAACUUCUGGGUGAAUUUGUGGUACUCAAACUUAUUGAACCGUAUAGUAUGAUGGGAAGAACCAUAACGACCGACAAUUGUUUUACAAGUUUGUCACUGGCAUAUAAAUUAUUAGCCAAAAGAACCACACUGGUUGGCAUAAUACGCGGAAACAGAAGAGAACUCCCUAAAAUUUGUAAAACGAAGAAGGAUACUAUGGCUCGCUUUUCGUCGCUACUGUAUCGAUCAAAUGAGAUUACACUCGCAAUUUAUAAAAGUAAGCCGAGGAAGAAAGUUUUUAUCCCGAGCUCAAAACAUAAAACCGUCAAAAUUGGAAAAAGCGAAAAGGGCUUACCUGAAACGGUCGAAUUUUGUAACAAGACAAAAUUUGAAGUAUAUAUAGCAGACCAAAUGGCAAAAAAAUAUAGCGUGAAGUCGGGAUCAAGAAGAUGGCCACUUCAAGUAUUUUUUAAUAUUUUAGAUUUAGCUAGCAUAGAUGCCUGGAUUUUAUAUAAGGAAACCACAGGCGAGCAGAUAUCCAGAAAAGAGUUUAUGUUUCAAUUGGCAGAUGAACUUGCCGCUGACAAUGAAAAAUCACGAGUGGAACAAAGAGCAUCUGAGAUCCAAAAACGUUGUCAAAAAAAUUCAAAUUUAAUGAAGGAGUAA